GUGGCGCGAGCAGGUGGAAGGGCGGCGCGGACCAGGGCCCAGCUGGCGCAGGGGGACGGGCUCGGAACGCGGCUCUUUGUCUCCCAAGCCCGUGCGCGGGCUGCCGGGACCGCUCCUCCUCCCGGCAGGUGCCGUCAUCUCUCCCGGAGGCCCGGGACUGCUCUGGGGGCUGGCGAGGGGACCCGGGUGUGUGCUCAUCCCUUCAUAUGGAACCUGUGGCAGGCCCCCUGGCCCGACGCUGGUGGUCAAGGCCCUGAGGGGGCGAGGGGUAGGUGGGUUGAUCUCUAGUCCUGAGAGGGAGCAGAGGCAGGCGUGGCCUGGAGGAAAGGCGAUAAGGACGAGACUUGGGGACCACCAUGAGCAGCUGCACUGGUGAGUGGUGGGUGGGUGGAAGGAAGUGGAUCCUAACAGAGAUUUGGGCACCCAUGGGUGGUGACGCAGGAGGAGCAGAAAGGUGCCAGGACCCAGAGCCUUGCACGCAGCAUAGCGGUCCAGGACCUGGGAUGCUGAUUAAUCUGUUUCUUCGUGAGGUGCUGGAUGGACAAGAAGGACAAGUCCAGGGCAGCGGCCGCCGGUCGCCUGCCCGCUUCUCGCCCUCCCGGCCUUCCGAUCCCCAAGUCCGCAGGGUCUCCACGACCCCCUCCUCCAGUAACCAGCGCGGCUCUCCGAGUUCUGGGAGCAGCAGCCGCCGCAGGGCGAGGGCCCCUGGCAGAGAGAACUGGGGGCAUCCGGGGAACCGCUCUCCCGGAGGUUACUCCCCAGUUGGGACCAACGCGGAGCGCUGGGACGGGCCCCCGGAGCCCAGCCUCCAGGCCCCCAGCGGCUGGGAGAGGAGAGCGGGCCCCUGCCAGGACCCCAGGCUCAGGCUGUAUCUCUAGCCCCGGGCAUGCCAGCGCGCCCACCAGACCAGGCCCUCUUGGGCAGAAGGGGCUCCGUACCCCAACUGAGGAACCUGCGGCCAGAGGAAAAGCCACAGAUUCACCUAGAAGAAGCGCCCUGAGUACCGGGGCACGGAGAGACUCUUCUGGGUCCACCCCAGCCAUACCCUCCCCGGUCAAUUCCCGUCGGCCUCGGGCUGCGGGCGCUGAGGCCCCACGCCGCCCUCCAACCCCAGGUCCCGAUGCCCCCAUCUCGGGCCCACGGCUGACCCUGGCGCUGGCCCCGGGCCCACCGCCGCCGCCGUCGCGCAGCCCAUCCAGUACGCUGAGUGGCCCGGACCUGGCGGGCCACAGCAGCAGCGCCACCAGCACGCCCGAGGAGCUGCGCGGCUACGACAGUGGGCCCGAAGGAGGCGCCGCAGCCUCUCCGCCUGCCGAUGCCGAGCUCGCCGCCUGCCACCCGGCAGCUUGGAGCCGAGGUUCCGCGCCGCCUCUGGCCAUCCGUAGCACCUCAGGAGCGCCCCUGCCUUGGUCUCCUGCAUCCGGGUCGGGCUCUGCUGAUGGCUUGUGCACCAUCUACGAGGCAGAAGGUCCCGAGUCCGCGAGCCCCGCCACAGACGCGCUGGAUCCCGGCCCUGGGCCCGGCGCGGGCGGUGGGAAGGCGGCGGCCGGAGCUGCGGCUGGUGCGGCCUCUCGUGGCGCGAAGCCGGCGCGCUUGGGAGAGCUGCCGCUGGGGGCGCUGCAGGCGAGCGUCGUGCAGCACCUGCUGAGCCGGACGCUGCUGCUAGCUGCGACCGAGGAGGCCGCGGGAGGCAGCGGUGGUCCAGGGGGCGCCGGGGGUGGCGGCAGCGUGGGGGGCGCCCGCACUGCGUUGAGCGACGCCGAACUGGGCCGCUGGGCCGAACUGUUGUCUCCGCUGGACGAGUCCCGCGCCAGCAUCACCUCAGUCACUAGCUUCUCCCCGGAUGACGUGGCUUCCCCGCAGGGUGACUGGACCGUGGUAGAGGUGGAGACCUUCCACUGAGCCCGACCCUGUCCCUGCCCGCCCACCCCACCCGACCCCUGCCUUAGGAUUUGCCCCUCAGGUUACACUUAAAGGUCUUAGAUUUCCUCCUCCCUUCCUCCAGGAGCCUGGCUUCCCGUGGAAUGGUCUCAGUCCCUUUAGAGCCCUAGAAUUUUGGUCCAGGCUUGCGACCCACUGGGGAAGGCAAUGGCACCCCACUCCAGCACUGUUGCCUGGAAAAUCCCAUGGACGGAGGAGCCUGGUAGGCUGCAGUCCAUGGGGUUGCUAAGAGUCGGACACGACUGAGCGACUUCACUUAACUUCACUCUUGCGACCCAACCACACCUUUGGCCAAGGCCCUCCCCUUGAGCCCCUCGCCUUUGGCCUAGAACGCGCUCCCGCACCCCUCGAGCCCCGUCCAUUCCUCAGCCUAGACUUUUCGCGGUAUCCAGUGUAUUGUCUUCUGCGCAGCCCGAGUUUGCAAUAAAGCGAAGACUGAGGCCUGUUCA